AUGACGUCCAUCGAUGAGCCACUGGACCUGAUCAAGCUGAGCGUGGCCGAGCGUAUCUACAUCAAGUGCCGAGGCGACCGCGAGCUGCGUGGGGUGCUGCAGGCGUACGACCAGCACCUGAAUAUGGUGCUGAGCGACGUCGAAGAGACGAUUACUGUGCAAGAGCUGGACCCCGAGACGUACGAAGAGCUCAUUAAGCAGUCAAAGCGCACGAUUGAGAUGCUGUUUGUGCGGGGAGACGUUGUGAUCCUCGUAGCGCCUCCGCUGCGCACGGCAUGA